AUGGCGAGCCCCGCACGCCCGCGGCAGGAGCUGGCGGCCGAGGAGCGGCGGCUCCGCGGCGCGGCCCCGACGGUGCCCCGCGACGCCAAGCGGGAGGCGGCGGGGGAGCGGCUGGAGGCGGCGGCGGCGGGCGAAGAUUGUUGCGGCAAGUGCAAGAAGCGGGUGCAGUUCGCCGACUCGCUGGGGCUGAGCCUCGCCAGCGUCAAGCACUUCAGCGACGCCGAGGAGCCGCAGGUGCCGCCCGCCGCGCUGUCGCACCUGCAGAGCCCGCCCGGCGAGGAGCGGGACCCGCCGCCGCCCGGCGCCGAGCCCCCGCCGCCCGCGCUGCUCCUGGUGCCCGACUUCCCCGACGGCGGCGAGCCCGGCGCCGAGCGCCUGCGGCGGCAGCGCGUCUGCCUGGAGCGCCUGGGGCGGCCCGCGGCGCCCACCGACGUGCGGGGCACGGUGCAAGUGCUGGGCGGCCCCGGCCCCAAGGAGGUGACGGUGCGCUACACCUUCAACGAGUGGCUCUCCUUCGUGGACGUCCCGGCCGCGCCCCUGCCCCCCGAGCCGCCGGCCGAGCGCUACGGCUUCGCCCUGUGCGUGCCGCCGAGCCUGCGGGAGGGCUCGGCCCUGCACUUCGCCAUCCGCUACCGCAGCCCGCAGGGCGAGUUCUGGGACAACAACGGCGGCCGCAACUACACGCUGCGCUGCUGCGGCUGCCCCGGGGGCGGCCCCGCCGCCGUCCCGCCGGGCCCCGCCGCCCCCCGCUACUGA